AUGUUUCUCAGAUGUUUACGCUUUGGUGAUUCAAAGAAGGAGAAAAAAUACCCAACCGUAAUAGAAGAACUAUGCCAUCAUUUUUCAUUUGAAGCUCUUAGAAAGUCAACCAACGACUUUGACGAGAAACUUAAAAUCGGAGAAGGAGGCUUUGGAAAGGUGUACAAAGGUUGUCUCAAACAUAAUAAUGGCGAUGUAACUGAUUAUUCGAUCGCAUUGAAGGUGAACAAGUGUCAGAACUCCAUUCAAACUCCCCGUGAGUUCAAGACGGAAAUUGAGAUGCUAUGUCAGCUUCGUCACCCUAACAUAAUAUCUCUGAUGGGAUUCUGCUACCAACAAGAGAAUAUGAUUGUUGUGUACGAGUACAUGGCGAAUGGAUCACUCCAUGAUUACUUGAGUAAUAAGAACAAAGAACCACUGUCAUGGAAGAAGAGACUAGAGAUCUGCAUCGGAGUAGCACGUGCUCUUCACUACCUUCAUGCUGGAGCCAAGCGUUGUAUCGUUCACUGUGAUAUAAAACCACAAAACAUUCUAUUGGAUAGGAAUAUGGUCCCCAAACUCUCAGAUUUCGGGUUUUCAUUGCAGGGAUCGCUCUCUGAUAAAUGUGAUGUUUACUCCUUUGGUAUGGUUCUACUACACUUGGUAGGCCAUAAUGUGUUGCAUUACUUAAUUCAACAUGAAGAACACGCUCUUGAGGAGACAAUGGAUCCAAUUCUGAAUGGAAAGGUUGCACCAGAUUGUUGGCAAGUAUUUGCUAGUGUCAUACAGAGUUGCCUGGAUUAUGAAGCAGACGAGCGACCAACAAUGGGCGAAGUAGAGAUAUUGCUUGAGCAUGCUCUCUCAUUGCAGCAACAAGCUGAUGAUAUUACAAACAUCAAUGCUGCUGCUCCCUUUACUUUGUUAUCCACUACUCAUUUCUCCGAUAUAUUCAGAUUUUCAGGUAGUAUAAAUAAUGGUGAUCUAACCUCUUACGCUCCAAUGGAAGGAGGCUUAUGCUAG